CAUCACGUCUCAGCAACACAGACCCCCAUGUACUUAAUGUAUUGACUGCUGGUACACUUGCACAUUGGUCUUAGCAGUGUGAAUCCACUGGCUUUGCGCAGCUGCGAAGCAUCAACAACAAAGCUCAAGAGCUCCAUCUUCCCUAUCGCAAAGCCGAAGUAUCCAGCACCCCACGAUGAGCGCGAAACACCAUCUUCAUAUUGCCGCGUUGAUACCGCCGCAUCUCACACCUGCAGAGGUCAUCGCUGCACUCCAGGAUCAUAGUACAACCCUCUCUCUUCAAGCCCUCACGAUAGGCCACGAGAGGCUCCCGAGCACCGCGCCCGAGACGCUGAAGGACACAUACUGGUACCCGACCGAUCUGAACCCAGUUCAUACUUACAGUGUCACCGAAUGCGUCACGGUUCUGCCUGGCGUUGGGCAAUGGGGAAAGAAGAGCAUGACAUUCCCCAGCUGCUACCAGAACAUACCAACGGGCAUAAAGUCGCGUGCAGACGUUUCUGGCAUCACUGUACGCGCAGACUACCGUGUCAUCAAAGGGGGUAUCGAGGGCGAAGUUGACGGUGAGGGUCAGGGUGUUGGUGACGCCGAGUGGGUGCUUGUUGAGGAUGCUGAGGUUAGCUGCUCAUGGUGGCUGAUGCCGUUCGUCAAGAGCAAGAUGGAACAGGCGCAUCGCGAUAUCUGCCGCAAAGUCAUCGAGAAGGUGGAGAUGCAGAGACGGCAGAACGAUCUUGCGCAGUCGGUUGGAAGAGGACUAGAGAUACCGUGGGCACAUACUACCGGUGUGAGUGCGGCCCAAGUCGAAGCUGAUGCAAAUAAUUCGCAGAGGGUCGAACUACCUGCACCAGGUUCACACAAGAUUUUCUAUGCGUAAGUUUCUGUCGGGUCUGGUAGCGUUGCAGAGUUGUCAGCUUACAUGUACUGUAUAGUUGAUGGACGUUUUCAGGCUGGUUCGCUGAACGCCCUCGGCUCUGGACGCAUCGCGCAACCCCUCAGCUGAACCGUGCGGCUAUGCAGCCCACACUCGUUGCCUACAUCUAACGCAAGUCACUGAAAGCUUCGAAGUCUCGCAAUACUUUGCGAGAAUACCCACCUUGAAAUGAAGUUUCCUGGGUGCCUAGACAAGCUAAUCGCCAUGCGCAACGCUUAAAAGAAGCUAUGUUGAUCAUCGGACGACGUAUGGACCUCUGCUACAUCAGCUUGAGGCCUCCGCUACAUAUGCGCUAAAUUGAUGUGGUGGGUUGGCAAGCAUCAUGGCCAGGAGUCCCAAACGGUGACAUUCUUUGGUUCUUUCUCGCCAAGCCCUGCAUGGAUAUCGGAAAUUGGAAGAAGGAGCGAGAUUGAAUGUACCUGGAGAUCGGAAGGGG